AUUUAAGCAAAAAACUUCCUGCGUGAGGAGAAGCGUGCCAACCUCCAGUCUGAAACCAGUGUCUUCCAAAGCAAGACGCGCAGAGUGAGAGGCAUCUUCGCGCUCUUCCCUCUCAUCUUUACGGAUAUCUACACUUUUGUAACCACGGCUUCAAAGGUGGACAGCGUUUUUUCCGCGCUAUCCCUGCAUUUCUUCAAGAAAGAAAUGGAAGAGGGCUCCAGUUCUCCGGUCUCCCCUGUGGAUAGUCUGGUGACCAGCGAGGAGGAGCUGGACAGACAGCAGAAACGCUUCGCGAGGAAGAGGAGGCACAGCAAGAAGUCCAGCGAGGACAGCAGCGGCAGCAGCCCGGGUCCGGUGAAACGUGGGAAAAAGCCGAGUCCGAGCAGCACUCAGUCGUACGAGGAGCUGCAGAACCAGCGGGUCCUGGCCAACGUCCGGGAGAGGCAACGGACUCAGUCUCUGAACGAGGCCUUUGCGUCUUUGCGCAAAAUUAUCCCCACGCUGCCGUCGGACAAACUCAGCAAGAUACAGACGCUGAAGCUCGCCUCCAGAUACAUUGAUUUUCUCUGUCAGGUGCUGCAGAGCGACGAGAUGGACAACAAGAUGUCCAGCUGCAGCUACGUUGCGCACGAAAGACUCAGUUACGCGUUCUCCGUGUGGAGGAUGGAGGGUGCGUGGUCUAUGUCAGCAUCUCACUAGCACCCGGAGACCUUCACUUACAAUGCCAAAGCGACUGUUUACUUCUACAAAGUAUGAAGACCAAAGGAAUUAUUGAAGAACCCAUCGACCUCAAAGGCAUGGCGGAGAGACGUAAUGUGACCCACAACUACAAACUCUUGUGGAGUGUGUGUGUGUGUGUGUGUGUGUGUGGAUGCAGAUUCAUCACACCGCUUCUGACUGUCUGGAGCUGUUUGUGGCAGAGAGGAAGAAAGAAAGAAAAGAAAAAAGAAAGAAAAAGAGACAGAUCUGCGAUGUGUAGAGAUGUUACAGCCAGUAGCUCGGAUUUACGGCCUGUCAGCAAAGCCAUCCUUUAACCGUCUAUAGAAGGAUAUAUAUAUAUUUUGUUUUGCAAAAGACUUUAAACCAAAGUAUAAAUAUAUAUAAAUGAAUGCAUAUUGUACAUACCUGUGUAAGUACGCCUAUAGCCUGUAAAGGGACCAAUGCAAUUUAGAGUCAUUUGCUGCAUGGAUUUAUUUCACCACAUUCUCCCCAAACUCCGUCCAAUGUACAUUUUUGUUUUUGCUUAUUUAUUAAAACACGUAUUUUUGAACG